AUGUCCAGCAAACGACCUACACGCCGAUCGACCGGCUCUAGCUACAGACCAACCUAUGCACAGCCCGAGUCCUAUCGCCCACGACAAGACCGAACCCGCCAGAAGAACCGUGUCGAUCAAGAUUUGGGUCACAACAAGCCCCAGGGCGCUUCACCGAGUCUGCCACCUGUUCGGUCUGCGGUCUCGAAAACAAAACACGAGCGAACUACGAACCCUUCAACAAGAAUACACUCUCUGCGCAGGUUGUUGUCGUCGCCCGGAGAGCUGCCUGGCACCGUGCGACAAGAGAAGGAACGUGAAUUAGCUGCUUUGCUCUUCGAUCAGAAACGAGCUCGGGCCGCACAACAUGCAAGAAGAAACCUCCAACGCUAUCACUUUGUCCGCUUCAUGGAGCGCAAGAAGGCAGAAAGAUCACUGAAACAAUUGCUUAGGCGGAGAGACUCUGCAGAAUACAAUGAGCCUGCCAACAAAAGCGAACUGGAAGAGUUGAUACACGUGGCCCAGGUAGACAUCAACUACACCAAGUACGCGCCGCUAGGGGAGAAGUACAUAAGCUUGUAUGUUGACGAGGCAAAGGGCAAAAAGAACAAGCCAAAGAUCAGCAAGUCGGAGAUGGAAGAAUUAGACAGAGAUCAGCAAGAUGAGAAGCGCCAUUUCGUCGACCACAUGAGUAAUAUCGUCCGAUCCGCCAACGGAGCUAAGCCACCGAUGUGGUAUGAAGUCGAGAAGCUGAUGGAAGAAGGGGAGGCCAAGCUGGAAGCUCUACGCGAAGGCAAGCUGACCACCGGCAACCGUCUCCAGAAGGAGCUCGCCUCGCUCGGUGGGAAGGAGGAGGCCGAAAUGCGGAGUGUAACUGGGAAUCAACUGGAAGAGACGAAACCUUCGUGGCUUGACGACGAUGGUAUCAUCGAUCCGGCGGAUCUGGACAGUGACCAGGAUGGUGAAAUGAGCGAUGGUGGCUUUUUCGAGCGCUGA